AUGGUUUAUUUAAUUAUUUCAAAUAGAACUGUGGAAAUGAAGAUUCUUUCAGUUUUCGGUAUUAUAAUAACUUAUAUCUGUGCAGUAACGUUCGGAGCUAAAAGUCUUCAGCGAUGUAACAAAGAUUUUGAGGCAACGAUGGAAUUUUGUUUCCAAGGGAAUAUAGGUUAUUCAAAAAAGUUCACGGACUUAAAGAGUUUGCGAAAUGGUUGUAUGAGUGAUAGAAAUUGCAAACCUAAAGCAAAGAAUUGUCUUCUAUCAGCACUUCAAGGUCCGGCAUUCAAAUACUGUGCUUUACAAAGAACCUACAUAAAAUCAAUAAGUCGUAUGUUCUGA